AUGUAAACUUCAUUCAAAUUUCGAGCUCCAUGCAAUUUAUAAUAAUUCCAAUAAGAAAUCAUUGUAGAAAACGAAGUAUUUUUUCUGUAUUUACAACAGAUCCCAGAAUUAGACACAUUCGAAGAGUUUUGUAGCAAUAUUCCUGAUUAGGAUAAUCAAGACAUAAACUUCUCUAAACAAUCACAUACACACAACUCAUAAUUAAUUCGCAUUGAUUGCUAAUAAACACAUGAAUCAAAAUCAUCGGAAUUGUAACAAUCAAUUGAUUCACGGGAUUAAAAGAGCAAAUCAAAAAUAAAAAGUGUGCAGAGUCAAGACAAUGAACAAAUAGCAUAUAUGCAAUUUGUAGAAUUCAAUCCUCAUAGCAUAAUAUCGGAAUCAAUUAAUUAGAGGACAGAUACAUAAUAGAGUUAGAAAGAUACAAUGGCAGAGCCACCUGCUCCAUAAAAUAAAAAUACAACUAAAUUCUGCUUUCCAUCUAAAGGAAGUGGGUUGAAUAAUUUAAAGAAAUAACUUUGUGUCAACUAAGAUAUUUAGAAUAACAAUAGAAAUCAAAGCAAUUCAGAAUAAACUGUCUUAAAAAACCAGUCUUUGUCUGAAAAUAAAAAUAAUAUCGAAGAGGAUUUAAGAAAAUAAAUCACUUAGCUUUGCAAAGAAAAAACUUAAAUAUAAUAACAAUAUUAAUCAUAAAUAAAACAGUUAUUGGAGUAAAAUUAAUUUUUGGAAUAAUAACUAAUUUAAUAAAAAUAACAAACAUAAACGUUGAAUUAGGAUAAACAAAUUUUAUAUUAAAAAAUUACCAUCUUAUAAAAAAAAUAAGGUUUAGAUAAAAAUACAAUAAUUGAAAAUUGUAAUUUACCAGAAUCUGUACCAAGUAAAUUGGCAAAUAAUCAGAAGAUUUAAUAUUUAAUUGAGAAAUUAAACUAGAAAUGUCAAGAGAAUGCUCGACUUCAAUAUGAAAUUAUAUUGCUAUAAAAUAAUAUUGAAUUAUUAGAAACCUCCAAGGUUUUGUAAUUGGCAAAUAAUAAUAUCUUCUCCCUGGAUCCAGGCAAAACUAAUAACCAAAAUCAUUCUCCUUAACCAUAAUCAUAGAAUAGAGCAUAAUCAUUGAGUAAGGAUAGCAGAACAAGCUUGUUGACAUAAUAGAAAUAACCACUAAAUGUUACCAUUAACUAUCCAGCUGAAGGUAAAAACAUAGUGAACUUAUCGGCUAUGAUAUCUCCAUUAUCCAAAUGUGCUUAGAUUAUUUAAUAAAAACAGUUAAAUCAGAAGAUUUAAAAAAAUACCCACUAAUUUCAAGAAGAUAUCUAGUCUUAAAAGAUACACACUAAAAAUUCUACAUCAGUAGGAGAACUAAUGUCUAUUAAGUCUGAUGCCAUUAAUUACUCUAGUAUUAUUAAUAGAAUCCUAAGAAAGGAAUCAUAUUCAAUAUCUUCCCCAGAUGGUAGAGCUACAUAAAAAUUCAAAUAAGCUUUAAAUGAAAAAUUAAAUAAUCUUUAACAAGAUAGUUCAAAGUCUUAUGGUAGUUUGUUAUUCUCUUUGGGGGAACAGAAAAACAAAGAAACAAAUAAUUGUUUCAGACAAACAUCUCCCAAGAGAGAGAAAAAAAAAUCUAAACAGCUUUUCGGUUUUAUGAAUCAACAAAAUUCAAGAAAAUAAUCCGAUUUACUUAAAUCAGAAGAAUCUCAUCGAUCUGAUUUAGGAAGAAGAUCUGAAAAUAAAAAUGGGAUGGAUCCUAAUAAUGAAAUAAUACAAUUUAUGAAAGAAAUGCAAAAUAAAAAAUCAGAUAUCUCGAAAAAUAUUAAAUAGCCAAAUGCUGGUACAAUAUUAACAAGACCUUUGACUGCAGAUAUGAAGGAUGCAAAUAGCAAUUGUUAAUAAAAAUUUUGA